AUGCAACCAUUCCACCUUACCGCUACUGGCUUUAACAUCAACUAUCUCCCUCAAUACAUUGCUCACCGGCAUGGAUUCUUUAGCGAGCAAGGCCUUGAUGUCAUUACAACCAUUCCUACGCCUUGGGAUGGAGUCCUCGAUGCGCUGGCCGACGGUUCCGCUGAUAUGGCCCUUGGUGGAAUCUGGGUGCCAUCCAUGUACCGUGACCGAGUACAAAACUACACUGUUUUUGCGCAGAUUGCAAAUCGCUGCCCGCUAGCGUUGCUCAGGCGCACAAGUUGCAAGGAGUUUGGCCUAGCCGACGUAGCUAAGGCAACCGUCCUGAUGAAAUCCAUAGGCGGCGCCAGCGUCGGACUAUUCUUCAAAAUGCUCCUGCGUGAGAAUGAUAUCGACCCGAGAUACGUGGACUUUAUCCAAGAUCUAGACGGUCUCAUGCUGGGAAACCUGUUUCAAGGCGGCAUGGGCGAUUUCUUUGUGACAGAUUAUCUGUCUGCCAGAGCUAUCGCAGCUCGCAAUCCCGAUGUCUCAAUAGCGAUGGAAAUGGUCACGCAAGGAGAGGUCCCUUGGAGUGUGUAUUAUCGAGAGACGUCAACCAUAACCCAGGAGCUACGGGACGCGCAGAAGCGGUUUUGCAUUGGGUUGAAUCAAGGGAUAGAAUGGGUGCUCCGGCACGACGCUGAGUCUUUCAAGGACGAGAUCGCUGAGCUCUUUCCCAAGGUUCCCGUUGAUGUUGCCGUUGACGUGGUAAAUUGCUUUCGUCGGAAUGGCAUGUGGACUACCGCUACCAUACCACCUAAGGCAUUUGACCGGUGGCAGCAAGGUCUGACCGAUGCGCGAUUCGUCAAGCAACCGUUGGCCUACGAGUCCAUUGUGGAUGAUUGGCCUGCAAAGGAGGCCCAAGCCGUAGCCAAGGCUCGGUAG